AAUAUGGUACAACUAAUGGAUAAGUCAGAGAAUAAUAUUAUUAUAACCUAAAAUUUUAGCUUGAUUUUGUGAACAAAUUAUAUCCGUUUUUUGACCCGAAGGGCACUUCUAGUACUUGGGUCCCAAGCUCCACUUGCACAGACCUUGGUUCCAUUGUGCAAUGGACGUCAGAAACUGGUGUUGCUCCGGUGCUAGAGCCAUCCAACUGGGCUGCAACGCCAACUACGAUGAGCUGGAAGCCGUGAACGGACCAACCACAACCACGGGAUUGAAAAACCAGAUGUGGAAAUUGCUAUGGAAGAAGCUCUUGAAAGAUCAGAAAAGGAAGCAUGGUCAAGCUCAAUUCUCGUAUGAUGAGCACAAUUAUUCUCAGAAUUUCGACCAAGGCUUGACUUGGGUGGUACCGGAGAAUCUCUCCCGAUCCUUCUCCGUUCGCUUUUCCGAUCCGUCCAGCAAGUUUUCGAAGAAAACGGUGGUGUAAGAUAUAUGUUAUAAUCUUAUUGUUGUGCUUAUAAUUUUUUAUCUUUUAUUGUGGAAGUUUUAAUAGGAAGUUAUAUUCGUUGCUUAGUAUAUUACCCCCCCUCUCUCUCUCUCACACACACACACAC